CAAUAUACUGAAAAGACUCGUACAAAUAGAUUAUUUCCUUUGCAAGCUGCGCACCACUACCUGGAAACGGUGCAUGUUGGAAGGCGGUUUUGCCCUCCUGUACAUCGGCUGAUACAAACGAACCUCGUUUCCAGAAUUGGGAUACGCCCAAAAAGUUUCCCCAAGUGUGGUUUCAGAGGGGAUGCUGGGGGUAGCAGACAUGACCGGCAGCAACAUGGCAAAUGCCCUGGCAAAUGCCAUCUGUGAGCGCUGCAAGAGUGGCUUCGCCCCAGCAGAGAAAAUUGUCAACAGCAAUGGGGAGCUGUACCAUGAGCCGUGCUUUGUGUGUGCCCAGUGCUUUCAGCAGUUCCCUGAAGGACUCUUCUACGAGUUUGAGGGCAGGAAGUACUGUGAGCAUGAUUUCCAGAUGCUGUUUGCCCCCUGCUGUCACCAGUGUGGGGAAUUCAUCAUCGGCCGUGUCAUCAAGGCCAUGAACAACAGCUGGCACCCCGACUGCUUCUGUUGUGAUAUCUGCCAGGCGGUCCUGGCUGACGUGGGCUUCGUCAAGAACGCCGGCAGACACUUGUGUCGCCCGUGCCAUAACCGGGAGAAGGCAAGGGGCCUCGGGAAGUACAUCUGCCAGAAGUGCCACGCCAUCAUCGAUGAGCAGCCUCUCAUCUUCAAGAACGACCCCUACCACCCCGACCACUUCAACUGCAGUAACUGCGGUAAGGAGCUGACAGCAGAUGCCAGAGAGCUGAAAGGCGAGCUGUACUGCCUGCCCUGCCAUGAUAAAAUGGGUGUGCCCAUCUGCGGGGCCUGCCGUAGACCCAUCGAGGGGCGCGUAGUCAAUGCCAUGGGCAAGCAGUGGCACGUAGAGCAUUUUGUGUGUGCCAAGUGUGAAAAGCCUUUCCUGGGACACCGUCACUAUGAGAGGAAGGGGCUGGCCUAUUGUGAGACGCACUACAACCAGCUCUUUGGAGAUGUUUGCUACCACUGCAACCGUGUAAUCGAAGGAGAUGUGGUGUCGGCCCUGAAUAAGGCCUGGUGUGUCAACUGCUUUGCCUGUUCUACCUGCAACACAAAGCUGACCCUCAAGAAUAAGUUUGUGGAGUUUGACAUGAAGCCGGUCUGUAAGAAAUGCUACGAGAAGUUCCCCCUGGAGCUGAAGAAGAGGCUGAAGAAACUGUCAGGGACAGCGGGACGCAAGUAGAAUGUCCACACCACCAGG